AUGGCGCUGACGCCGGUGGAGCCCAGGAACUCGUUCCUGCGUGAGGAGAAGCAUGACACCGAGCCGGAGACGUUUGAGGAGCCACCUGCCGUGAUAACCACGCCCGUGGGUGACAUGUGGCCGCGCCCAUAUUACCUCGAGAACGGGCUGCGGCGCGUCGAGCCUUACCAUUUCACCUACAACACCUACUGCAAGGAGCGAUGGCGCGGGCGCGAACUGCUGGACAUCUUUACCGACGAGUUCAGGGACCGCCCUGCCGAAUACUAUAAAGAAGGCAUCGAAACCGGCUCCAUCGUGGUGAACGGCAAGAAGGCCUCGUCAGUCCACCAUCUCGUCAAAAACGGCGACAUCAUAUCGCACACGAUGCACCGGCACGAGCCCCCGGUGACAGCGACCCCCAUCGGCAUCGUGCACGAGGACGACGACAUCAUCGUGAUCAACAAGCCCGCCGGCGUGCCCGUCCACCCCGCCGGCCGCUACAACUACAACAGCGUGGUCGAGAUCCUGCGCGCCCAGCGCGGCUACGCCUUCAACCCGUCGCCGUGCAACCGCCUCGACCGCCUGACCAGCGGCGUCAUGUUCAUCGGCAAGAACCGCGCCGCCGCCGACGAGCUGAGCGUGCAGAUCAAGGCCCGCACCGUCAAGAAGGAGUACGUCGCCCGCGUCGUCGGCGAGUUCCCCGACGGCGACGUCGUGUGCGAGAAGCCCAUCCUGCAGAUUUCGCCCAAGCUGGGCCUCAACCGCGUGCGCGCCAACGGCAAGGACGCCCGCACCGUCUUCCGCCGCCUGGCCUACUACCCUCCCCGCGAGCAGCAGGAGGAGGGCCGAGCCGCCGCCGACGAGCAGCAGCGCCGCGAGCAGGCCGAGCGCGAAGGCAAGCCGUGGAAGUCUCUCCGCGGCUACAGCAUCGUGCGCUGCAUGCCGCUGACGGGCCGCACGCACCAGAUCCGCGUGCACCUGCAGUUCCUCGGCCACCCCAUCGCCAACGAUCCCAUCUACGCCAACCAGCGCGUCUUCGGCCCCGCCCUCGCCCGCGCCGACGACCGCUCCGACGACGACGACGACAUCGUCACCCGGCUCGGUAAGAUGGGCAAGGAGGAGGUCGCCCAGGCCGUCGCCUACCACGACGAGAUGGUCGACGACUACAACAAGCGCAAGGCCGAGAAGCUCUCGGGCAAGGCCUGCGACGUCUGCAACACCCCGCUCUACACCGACCCCGGCGAGCACGAGCUCGGCAUCUAUCUCCACGCUCGGCGGUAUGCGUGCGAGGAGGGCCGCUGGAGCUACGAGACGGAGCUGCCGGGCUGGGCGCUGCCGCCUGCCGGCUACGAGGGCCCCACCGAGGCCACGGUCGAGUCGGAUCCGCUGGCGGCCGAUUUGGCCAAGCUGGGGCUGAACGAGGAUGGCACGGUGCGGGAGGAUAGGGAGCAAAAGGACGAUGCUCCCAAGGAGGAGAUGCAGGAGCAGCAGGAGGAGCAACGGCCAGCCGUUGCGGUUGCUGCAUAG